CGAGAGCAAAUACUCCAGAGUCGAGUACUUCGGGCGCAUGCGGCAACCUUUCUUUUGCUCUCGCGAGGUUUCGUCUUCCCGGAAGCGCUGGAGGACCGUUUUCGUGAACGGCGUCGGGAUGUGUGGGGGCUGUGUGGAGAAGGAGUAUCCCAACCGGGGUAACAUCUGCCUGGAGAAUGGAUCUUUCUUGCUGAACUUUACAGGCUGUGCAGUGUGCAGUAAGCGGGAUUUUAUGCUGAUCACAAACAAAUCUUUGAAAGAGGAAGAUGGAGAAGAAAUAGUUACCUAUGAUCCAGAUCUGUGUAAGAAUUGUCAUCACGUAAUAGCCCGGCACGAGUACACUUUCAGUAUCAUGGAUGAAUUUCAGGAGUACACCAUGCUGUGUCUGUUAUGCGGCAAAGCUGAAGAUACUAUCAGUAUUCUCCCUGAUGACCCUCGACAAAUGACUCUGUUAUUCUAAGGAUCCUUCUGCAGUUCUGUAGUAACUAUGUUGUGUUGGGUUACAAUACAGCAAAGCAAGCCUCAUGGUCUGUCUUCCUUCAUUUAUAAUGGAAAUUAUUUUGCAUAUUUUUUUCUGCUUAGACUUAACUAUCCUUUGAAAGAAAAAGUAAUUUAGGGGAUUAGGUUCUUCUGCUGAGCUCUUCUGCUAAAGUUCCCAGUUCACAUCAGAAUGAAGAAUCUCUGUUAGAAGUUAUGUGGCUGGAAAAUAAAGCUAGAAUGGGAGCAUACCUAAUGCCCAGGUCUUGGUGCCAAUAAAAGGAACCAGGGCUCCUUGGAGAAAUGAUUGAUUCUAGGACUGAGGCAGUAAAUAUACAAGAUGAGCUCGGAGCAUUUUAUGCCACAAGGAAAGUGCCCCCAAAAACCCCCGUAAAAUCCCCAUAAAACACAAUGAUUGGGAGUAUGUCAAAAGGACAAAAGAGCCAGCUGAAGGAGCUCCCAGUGACUGAAGUUGGAAUAGUUUCAGCAACAAAAUAAAGUAGUAUUGAAUUAUAACCCAAACAUUAAAUAUCUAUGAGCCCUUACUGAUAUAAAUAAGUGAUUGAAUAAAUAAAGACAUAGAUUGGAAGGAUAGACAUGCAGAAGAAUUUCAAGUAAUAUAUGUAGAUAUUCCCCACUCCUUAAGGGUGGGUUAUGCAUAGCAGCUUCCUUCCAAAGAGUAGAGUAUGCCAGGGGAGAAGAGUAACUUUAAGUGGAAAAACCUGACAAACACUAGCUCAACCAAGUGACCACGGUUAACAUCCUCAGUGAUAAUCCUAUCGAUAAUAGCAUGUACUCUUGAUAUGAUGUGGUGAAAGGGUACUUUACCUUUAUGGUCUUCCUUCCCUAAACCCAUAACCCCACUCUAAUCAUGAGAAAAACAUCAGAGGAAUCCAAGUUGAGGGCCAGCCUGCAGAAUAACUGACCAAUACUCCUCAAAAUUGUCAAGGCCAUAAAGACAAGUCUGGGAAACUCGCACAGCCAAAAAGAGUGUAAAGAAACGUGACAACUAAAUGUAACAAAGUGUCCCGGGACAGAAAAAGGACAUUUGGUUAAAACUCGCAAAAUCUGAGUCAAGUGGGGACUUUAAUUAAUAUAAGUAAAUAGAAUGAUUUCAACUGCUGUAAAGAGAUCUUAGAAUAUCUCACCCUGUGUAGUUGAAAGAACACUGGUUUGGGUGUCGGAAACCCUGGCAUUUAGAUCUCUCCGCCAUUUGGUAGCAGGAUAACCAUUAAGCAAAGCAUACCUCUGGUCUUUAUUGUCCCAUUUCUAUUAGACUGGGCUAAAAAAAGUUGAUAUUUUACUUCCUUCACAGUAUUGUUAGAAGAUCCAAAUAAGCAUAUAAAGUACUAUAUACAAUGAGAUGGCUUUUGGUUAGUUCUUCUCGUUCUAAGACCAAAAUUUAAAGGGUCAGACAUUAGAAACAAAAUUGUUUCCUCUUCAUAUCUAAGAAAUUUGAAAAUUCUAAACUAAAGCUUUGCUUGUAAGGGAAAAAAGUGAGUCAAGUGUUCAUUGUUGAUCCCAGGGAAGUUUUGUUACAUAACAGGAAUAAUAAUAAUAAUAAUAAUAAUAAUAAUAAUAAUACUGAGGUUUAUUGAGUCUUUACUAUGUGCCAAGGCCUUUUUAAACACUUACUUCGUACUCAUUAACAACGCCAUGAAGUAGGUACUAUUGUUAUCCCAAUUUUAGAGCCAAAGAAAUUAAAGCACAAAGAGGUUAAGGAACUUGAGGUCACACAACUAGUAUAGUGACUCCGUCUCAACACAGCUGUUCAUGACACAUGAAGUAUAAGGGUCUGGCAAGGUAAGGAAGAAGUUGAAAAUGUCGGCUACAGCACUCUAAGGAAUCUAGGCAUGUCAGACUAAGACUUGUUAUUCAGAAAAGUUAAGUCAUCUCUUCCUUAGGGAUCAGUUGCAUUAUUCCUGGAAAAUGUUUUCCACUUUUCUGCGAAUCUAUAUCUGACCUGCUGAGGAAAUCAUUUGGUGAAAUGGAUCCAGAAAGCAGAGAAAAUGCUUCAUUACUUUAAAUAGCAGCACUAAGCCCAUUAUAGCCUCUGAAUUGUCCCUUCUUGGGGUUUGCUACUGCUUCCAACUUAGUCAUUUGGAGCUCAAGGGUAUGAUUUUAUAAGCCCCAACUGAUACCCUCAUCUAUUACAGGCUGUAUAAUUAUCUGUUUUGGACUAUAUAUUACAAAACUUAAAACAUAAGAUCCUAUCCAUAUUUGUCAUUAUUAAACUAACUUUGUGCUGUGUUUUGUGAUACUUUAUUUUCUAAAAUUCUUCUAUGGAUCUAAUCAAAUAAAGACCUUUUGAACCC